GAAGCUGUGUACAUCUUGACCACUGCCCGCCCAUCGCCGCCUCCACUCGUUGUGGCAGUCAAAACCCAUGAGCAAGCGAAGCUCAAAGUCAGCGGCCUCUGGUAUGAACCGAGAUAGUCCUGGAGCCGAGGUGGUCACGACCUCUCGCUUGAGCCACCUCCAAUUCUCUCGGGAUGUCGUCGAUGAACAUCGAGCUGGAGUCGUCAAUAUCAGUCUUCGUUUCUCGGUGAUACCUGCGACCGAGACCUUCACUGUGUUAGUCUUCUAUCCUAUUUUCUUUGAUGUGUGUACAUAUGGUGGACUGAAAUGGCUACUUGAGGGAGGAAUUGAUGACCGAUCGUAGAUGGAUGUAGUUCGGGGAUUGGAAGUUAUCGCCUAUAAUGUGCCGUGAUGGUCGGAGUAGAGAACCGAUGAAGGAAACCCGGCGAUUGAGUCGGGUGAAAAGCCGGCGAAGAGUUGAUCUGAAGAGAAUAUACUCUCGGCCGGUUCUGGGUGAGGGACAGUGGUUCUCGGUGUGGGAGGGGAAAGAUGCAGUAAAAAGGAAAGAAUUAGAAAAUAAAUAAAUAAAUAAAUAUAUGAAUGUAGUUAUACUUUUGUUUAUGUUUUUGAAUGGACUCUUUGUUCAAAAGAUGUAUUUUUUCAUAAGAAUUAGAAAGAUGAACAUUUCUUUCUUCAGUAGUUAUGACAUUGUCUGAUUUUUUGAAAAACUUCAAUUUUGAUUGCUUGUAUAUUUCCUUAAGUUGUAUUUUAGGAAUUUCCCAAUUUUCUAUAGAUUUGUUGAAAUCUUCUAUCCUUACUUCUUCUCUAUGUAUAGGACUUGGAUCUGAGUCCAUUUGUGAUAGAGAACUAGAGGAAGAUGUAGAUCUUCUAUGUAAGCUCAUACUUAAGAAUAUAUAUUCGGGUUGGAUGUGUUGUGAAGUCGUGCUGGAGGUCGGCUGGAUCACAAGGGUUGUAAAAGGUCUUAUUGGACAGAAAUGUAAAUGACGAGAAAAGUUUAGGUAAUGAGACUGAAGAUAAUUAAGUUCAAUCAUAGAAAAGGUUGUGGAAUGUAAAGGGCAUGCUGACAAUUGGGUUCCCCGUCAAAUUCAUCCAUCAUGUUCCGUGCUUUCGGCGAAUUUUCCCUCCAGACUUUUGCAUUCGGUCAACUUUGAGUCGUGACGCUGACUAGAAGAAACCGUGUUUGUAGUAUUAUGUUUCCAUGGCCAUCUCUUCCACGAGCUUUACCUGCACCUGCCACCAACGCUUCUCAAGAGCCUCAAUCAACAGGAGGACUAAACUUCCUUGAUCCUAUGUGUUGCUCAUCUCUAAUUUUGGAGUGGGGCACCAUUUCUAUCGUCGCGUUUCCAUCUUGAUUACUUCAUAUGUGGAAUCAAUUCGUCUUACCUCUUUGUUUUUUUUUCUGCAAUCCAAUCCAAAAGUUUCUAGCAUUUGCAGUCGAUCCUUGUUACAAUUUAAGGCCAUCCUACUUAAUCUCGUUGGCCUACGUUCUUCGCCUCUCAUAUGGAAAUUGUUGCUUCCGUUGUGUCCUCACUCGUGGUAGAAGGCGGAAAAAUUGUUUAUCGUUCAAUCAGUUCCAAGAUCAGGAGUUGCUGGCAUGGAGAAACGAUGGGAGAUGCCGCUGAUUCUCACAUAAAGGUGGCGGAGCUUAUUCCCUGCCCUUCGAUUAGAGACCACACGACCGCAUCACAGACAAUGGCUCGUAUUCUACAAUUGUUACACGAUGAUAAAGCACGGAGAAUUGGAAUAUGGGGAAUGGGAGGAGUAGGCAAAAGCUACCUGGUGAAGAACCUAAACAACAAGCUCAGCAGCACUUCGUCAUCACGGAAACCUUUCAGCUUGAUUAUCUGGGCGACUGUUUCAAAAACUACCUCAUCCCAAGAGCCGGAUCUGAAGAAUCUGCAGAAGAAAAUAGCCAGUCGGUUAAACUUGAAGGAGGAGGAAACCAUGGAAAGGACAGCUAUACAACUUUUGGAAAGGCUUAGAAGGGAAAAGUUUCUUCUCAUUCUUGAUGAUGUAUGGGAAGCCAUCAACUUGGAUCUUGUUGGUAUCCCGCGACCCGAAAGCCAUUUGGGGUCUAAGAUUCUAUUGACGGCUCGGUCUUUGCAUGUUUGUCGAAAAAUGAUGACCGAUGUUGAAGUUAAGGUAGAAGUCCUGAUGGAUGAAGAAGCAUGGGAAUUAUUCAAGGAACACGCCGGAGAAGUAGCUGAUUUGCAGAGCAUCAAACCAUUAGCGGGAACUGUCUGCAAAGAAUGUGGAAAGCUGCCACUGGCUCUCAUAACCGUGGGUUCAGCGAUGAGACGGAAGGAGCGGGUUGGCCUGUGGGAGAAUGCCAUAGAUGAGUUGAGAAUGUCAAGACCUUCUAUUGACGGUAUAGAGCCCAACUUGUAUAGCUCAUUGAAGUUGAGCUAUGACUCGCUGCAGAAUGAAAAACUCAAAUCUUGUUUUCUGUAUUGUUGCCUAUAUCCAGAUGACUACUCCAUUCUCAUAAGCGAACUUGUCGAAUGUUGGUGGGCCGAAGGUCUGAUCGAUGAUCAACUUACCUAUCAUGCCGCAUUAAACGGGGGAAUUGCCUUGAUUGAGAGUUUGAAAGACUCAUGUUUAUUGGAGACCGGUGAUUCAGAUGAUAGCAUAAAGAUGCACGGCGUGGUUCGUGACGUUGCAAUAUGGAUCGCAACAUGCGCAAAUCCAGAAUCCAAGUUUCUUGUUCGAGCUAACGUCAGAAUGACUAGACUUUCAGAGUUCGAGUUGCAAAGAGAUCUGGAAAGGGUUUCUUUAAUGAGGAAUAGCAUAAAGGCGUUGUCUGAUAAGGAAAUAGAAUGUCCUAAAAUGAUAUCUAUUUUCCUUCAAUACAACUCCUUCCUACAAAAUAUUCCAGAGAACUUUCUGCGAGGAUUCGGAGCUUUGAAAGUAAUGAAUUUGGGAGGAACCCAAGUAAGGUCAUUACCCGUUUCUCUCCUCCAUCUACGAGAUCUUCGUGCUCUGCUUCUGAGGAGUUGCAACCAUCUUGAAGAAUUGCCUCCGUUGGGAAGUCUUACCAAACUCUGUAUACUUGAUCUCCAUGAUACAAGUAUCAAGCAAUUGCCAGAAGGGAUGGAUCAACUAACAAACCUAAAGAAGUUAGAUCUAUCAUACACGCUCAACUUGGAAUUCGUUCUAGCAGAAACAGUAUCUAAGCUGACUUCCUUGGAAUUCUUAGACGUGAUGGAAAGUGGUUACCGCUGGCUCAUCAAGCCCAGACCUCCAAUGUCCUACUUUGAGAUCUACUUGCAAGAGCGCCACAAGGAGCAAAGGGCGACCGUGGAGGAUUUACAGUCAUUGCAAAGGUUGUCUGUCCUAUAUCUACGCUUGUAUGAUACAGUGACAGCGUUUGAAGAAUGCGAUGUUUAUUGGAUCCAAAGGCUGAAAACGUUUUGCUGCUCGAUGGGUCUGACGUAUUUAGCGCCUGAUACACCAAGACCAACGGAAAAAGACCUCUCAGGAGACAGUAUAGAAUGGUUCAUAUCUCACGCAACUUCUCUAGCUUUUGAUAAUUGUUGCAAUCUUCAUGAGAUUCUGGAAAACAUCGUCAUAAACCGAGUGGACUGUUUUACUAAUAUAAAGAUACUGACUCUCAAAGAUGCCAUGCUGAAUGAAGGAAGCAAUGCUCGGCUCGACCUACUACCGAAUUUGGAAGAGCUGUAUCUUGAUAACAUUGGGAAGAUGAAGAGCAUAUCGGUAUUAGCUGAUCGCUUGGGAUUGAUCUUUCCUAGAUUGGAAGCUUUGGUGGUAACUGGAUGUGACGAAUUGGAGAAACUGUUCUUCUUGGGGGAUCGGAUCACAAGCCUACCCAAAUUGAGCAAAAUCAAGGUAGACACUUGCGUCCGUCUAAAUGAACUCUUCCAAUACGUCCUAGGAAGCGCGAAGGGACAUGCUGCUGUUCCUAACUUGCAAACGGCACGUUUAAGCGGGCUACCCCAAUUACAAUGCCUCUGUAGGAGAGAGGAGUCGUGGCAGAGUCUUGAGCAACUCGAAGUCGUGCGUUGUCCUUUGCUCAAAAAGUUGCCAUUCAGGACCAUAAACGGCAACUCGAUAAAAGAGAUUAGAGGCGAUGCACGUUGGUGGAGCGAAGUUCAUUGGGAUACUGAUGAUAUCAAGUUGCAUUUUGACAAGCAUUUCAAAGAAAUGCUUGAUUUACAGGCCAGCCUUGGCAGGUAAAUUGGUCAGACAAAGGUCGGUUUCUCAUGUUUCUCUGUAUUAGAAAAUUGCUGACUGACUUAUCGGAUGCGAAUCUGGGAAAACUACUUCGUUUCAGUUGUCGCGAAGUCAUGUUUUGGCCUCCAUGUUCGAAGACUGCCUGUAUAUGGACGUUGUUUCCUCACGCAGUUUUCUGCGGAUAAGAGUUUUUUUGGCAUCUAGCUGCUUCCUCGUGCUCUAUUAAUAGGCUUCCUGUGUUUUGCAAAUUUGGAAAGGCGUCGCUCACUCACAUUCCCUUGGGGACAAAUGAGUUGUCCCUCGCAAGUUAUUUCAGCCAA